AUGGUGGUGGCUCAAUACGCUAAUCCAGAGAUUCGUCCUGCAUUGACCGAUGAGGACAAGCAUAAAUGCAUUGACGUCCGUGUCAAGGUUUUUGUCGACGAACAGAAGUACCCUUUGGAAAGUGAAAUUGACGAUGAAUACAAUGCAAUCGCUUAUAACUGGCUUGCGACGUGCGACGUGGCUAACACCAAAGAGCGUAUCCCAAUCGGUACUAUUCGACUGAUCCCUGGAAAAGAAGGAGUAGCAAAACUUGGUCGACUUGCUGUCCUUUCAAAUGCUCGCGGAAUGUCGCUUGGUCGAAAGCUUGUGCUUGCUUUUUUGGAAGGUGCUAAAGAACAAGGUUACAAAUCAGCUGUUUUGGAAGCCCAGAUCGAUAAGCGUAUCUUUUAUGAGAAGCUAGGAUUCGUGGUGGAAAAGGGUGAUGAAGAGCCCUAUCCAGUAGAUGGCACUCCUCACCUCAAGAUGUGGAUGAGAUCGCUGUCAUAA